AUGAAUUUUAUUGGAGUGUUAUUUUUAUUUUUACUAGAUGUGAUUAUAUAUGAAACCAAUAUAAUUUUAAAUGAUAAAAUAUUUGAAAGAUAUAACAGGAGCUUAUCUGUAUUUAUAAGGGAUGAUAAUAAAGAUGAAGAAGGGCGUGAAGAAUUGUUAUUACGUAAAAUAGAAGAAGAAGUAUAUGAUUUAAAGGAUGUUAGCAAUGAUUAUAUGAAUGAUAGUAUAAAGGAUAAUAAAAAUCAUUCUACAAAUGAUUAUUUGAAAGAUAAUACAACAGAUAGUACAAACUAUGAUAUAAAUGAAAAUAUAAAAUAUACUAUACAAUAUGAUAAAAGUGAUAUUACAAAAAAUGUUAUAUAUGAUUCAACAAAUACGACUACGAAUGAGGAUUCUAAUGAAAAAAAAAAUAUGGAUGAGGGUGAUUAUUCUUUAUGCAGUUUAAAAAAAAAGAAGAGGAAGAAAAAAAAAAUGGAAAUGAAAGAUAAUAAUAAUAAUAAUAAUAGUAAUUUAUAUGAUGAAAAAACUGAAAAUGGGCAAAUUGAAAAAGAUGUAAAUAUACCUCCAUAUGUAGAUAUAUUAAAGUCUUUGAACGAAGACGAUAAUAUUUCAAAUAGUUCUUAUGAUAGUAUUGAUAUAAAGACAAAUAUUAUUAGGGACUUAGAAGAAGAAAUAAAAGACAAAUGUAUAUUUAAUUGGUAUGUUGGUCAAGAGACUCUUUUGAAAAUGUUUGAUAUGUCUGAUAAUUUUCAAAUUAAUGAUGUGAAUUAUGAAGAUUGGGUUUUAGAGAACGUACCUACUAAAAAUUAUAGUGAGAGAAGUGGUAGAGUUCAAGAGAUGUUUAAAGUAGUUAUAAAUUCAAAAGAUGGUUCUGGUACUGAUAUAAGAAUAUUUGUUAAAAAGAUACCUAUAAAGGUAUGGGUAAAGCAAUAUAAUUUAAUGAAGAAAUAUAAUGGAGAAUAUGCAUUUGGUUCAGAAAAUUUCAUAAUGGAAGCAAUGGCAUUAUCAUUUUUAACUGAAUAUUAUCCUGGCAUAGCACCUAAAUUAUAUAAAGUAUUAAUUGAACCAUACAAUAUAUAUUAUUAUAAAGAUAUAACAAAAGAAAAAAUGUUUGAUAAUAUGAAUACAUUAAAUGAAAUAUUAUCUAAAGGCGUAAAAGAUGAUGUAGAAGGAAAUAUUGUGAUAAUAUCAGAAUUAUUUGGUAAAGAUAUUAAAAAAUUUUUAUUUAAAGAAAAUGAAAAUAUUUUAGCUACUACAGAUGAUAAUAAUAAUAAUAAUAAAAAAAUAUAUCUUAAUGAAUCAUUAAAAUUAUUAGUAAGAUUACAUGAAGCUGGUUUAGCACAUCUUGAUUUUACGCCUGAGAAUAUAUUAAUAAAUACAAAUGGAGAUAUGCGAUUGUGUGAUUUUGGUAAAAGUACUCCUGUUUAUUCUUAUAAUUUGAGACAUAUAAAAAACGAAAAUGGUUUAUGUUAUUUUGAAUCGUGUAUUCCUAGUAUUGGAAAAGUUGCAUAUAUACCACCUGAAUGUUGGAAAAUUAAGAAAUUACAUAAAACAGAGAAAAUAAGAAAUCCAUACACGUGCUUACGUAAUAUAAUAGAUCAAGAACAAAGAAAACGCUUUUAUUUUGAUGUUUUAUGUGCUGACAAAUUUAUGCUUGCAACCUUUUUUAUAUGGUUGUGGAAUGAAGGACAUCUAUGGGAAAAGGCUACUGCUUCACAAGAUGAAAUUUUUUUCAAAAUUGUAGAAAAAGGUAUGAAUCUAGAGGGUUUGCAAGUAACAAGAAAAUGGCCUUGUGAAUUAAAAUCUAUAAUUAAGAAUCUAAUAUCACUUGAGAGUAGGAAGGAUUUUAAUUUAAAGGAUUUAAUUGAUCACCCAUGGUUUACCAAUAAAUAA